CAGGCUUGGCGACAUCAAAUGUUUCUCCAAUUGAUGCUGGGUCGCAAAUGUUUGACUUCCAUCGCAAAGUCAUAAGAACCAUUUUGUACAUCCUGCUGUCUGCUUGUGGCUGCUGUCGACUGACCCAGGAAUCGGACACAACAUCAACCCAAUCGCACUUGCGCCUCAGCCGAGCAUUUCUGGCUGUUGCCCAUCGCGAUGGCCUCUGCCCUUCGACCUGUUCUUCGGCCGGUUCAGCUACCCAGUCUACCCUCUUCGAAAGCUACCACCACAUAUAUCUGCCAGUCAUGUAGGCAUGCGCGACUAUUAAAAAGACCGAAACGACCUUAUACCUUUACUCAGCUUGUGACAAUGUCCGACGGAAGUGCUUUCACGAUGCGAACCACAUCACCGGUCCCCGUCUACAGAUCGACACGAGACACAAGGAAUUCGCCAUUAUGGAACCCCAGUUCGAAGGAAUUAUUGAGUGUGGAAGACGAUGAGGCUGGGCGCUUGGCAGGGUUUCGAGCAAGAUUUGGUACGGGAUUCGACAGCGCAAAGAAGGGGAAGGAUCAAGAUACAGCCGACGCUGAUGUACCUGCUUCCCCUGCUGUGUCUGCUACGACGUCUAGGCCAGAAGGCAAAGCUGCCAAGCAGCCACUGUUCGAGGACGAGAACAACGAUUUCACGGAGGACGACACCAACCUGCUGGAGCUCAUCAGUUCGUUUGGUCAGGAGAAUGCCCAACCCAAUAAAUCAGGAUCUUCCAAGAAGGGUGGGAAAAACUGAGAACAAAGGCCCCUUUCCAGAUUAUUCUUACCAGCGGCGCUUGUAUACUAUGGCGGAAAUUCGAUAGCAAGGGUUCGCACC